AUGACAAAAGCUGGGAUCCGGAUUGCGAUCGAUCGAGGCGGUACUUUUACCGACGCCUGGGCCCAAAUCCCAGGACAUGCCUCCGAUAUUAUAUUCAAAGUCCUAUCCGAAUCUCCCGAGGAAUACGAUGACGCACCCACAGAAUGUAUUCGACAGAUUCUGGAAAUUGCAAGUGGCUCUCCAGUGCCUCGAGGGACCCCUCUGGAUCUGACUCCCGUUGAGUCCAUCCGGAUGGGCACCACGGUUGCUACAAAUGCCCUGCUUGAGCGAAAAGGCGAGCAAGUCGCUUUGGUGAUUACGAAGGGCUUCCGCGACCUACUUAAAAUCGGCAACCAGGCUCGUCCCAACAUUUUCGAUCUAUCAGUUCAACGUCUUGCCCAACUCUACGAGACGGUUGUGGAAGUCGAUGAGCGAGUCACCAUCGAAGGUUUUUCAGAAGACCCAGAUCCUAAGCCCAUUGAUGCCAAUGAUUCAGAUUUGUACAUUGGGUUAACAGGAGAAGCGGUUCGGGUAUUAAAGACGCCAGAUCUGGACGCUGUUCGGAGUGACCUCUACGUGCUUUGGAACCAGGGCUAUCGCUCUGUAGCUGUGGCCCUGAUGCACUCAUAUACCUUCCAAAAGCACGAGCUUGCUGUAGCUGCCGUGGCUCGGGAGAUUGGGUUCAAAGUGGCCGUUUCUUCAGAGCUGCAAACAAUGGCAAAGUUGAUACCACGCAGUCAAUCGGCCGUUGCGGAUGCAUAUCUUUCACCAGUGACUCAAAAGUACUUGGACGGAUUCCGAAAGGGGUUCCAAGGUGAACUCAGAGAUGAACAUGCCAAGAAGGUGUUUGUCAACCAGUCUGAUGGAGGACUUACAUCUAUCGCAAACUUUUCUGGUUUGCGCGGAGUGCUCAGUGGACCAGCUGGUGGUGUGGUUGGUAUGUCCAGGACGUGCUAUGAUGCCGAAGACAAGACACCGAUAUUAGCGUUCGACAUGGGUGGUACAAGUACCGAUGUUGCUCGGUAUGCUGGGGCCUUGGAACAUAUAUUCGAAAGCACAAUUGCACAAGUCACCAUCCAGACACCACAGCUGGAUAUCAACACCGUCGCUGCAGGGGGUGGAUCAAUGCUCUUCUGGGAGAAUGGCCUGUUCAAAGUCGGCCCUCAUAGCGCAGGCGCUCACCCUGGCCCGGCAUGCUACGGGCGAGGGGGUCCUUUGACCGUGACCGAUGCUAAUCUCUUCCUUGGACGAAUCAUCCCGGACUACUUCCCCCGACCCCUAGAUAUGGCCAUCGUGAAGGAAAAGUUUACUUCCUUGGCAGCCACCAUUAACGCAGAGAAAGAUGGACUAUCUCAACUGACUGCAGAAGAGGUUGCAGUGGGUUUCCUCUCAAUCGCAAAUGCAACCAUGACUCGCCCCAUUCGAACAUUGAGUGAAGGCCGAGGAUUUGAGACCGCUGCACACAAUCUAUGCUGCUUUGGUGGAGCCGGUGGCCAGCAUGCGGUUGCGAUUGCGCGAGACCUCGGUAUCCGACGAGCCCUGAUCCCGAGAUAUUCGAGUAUUCUAUCUGCCUAUGGAAUGGCUCUUGCGGAUGUGGUGGUUGAGAACCAAGAGCCCGAAGCUGCUGCAUUCACUGUUGAUAAUAUCCCCAAACUCCAAGAAAGGUUUGAGAGAUUGAAAGAUGCGGGUGUUGCAGGACUUGUUUCUCAAGGAUUUUCAAAAUCGCAAAUAUACCACGAGUUAUUCCUGAAUAUGAGGUACCAGGGCAGUGACACAGCUUUGAUGAUACCCCGACCGGCCAACUUUGAAGAGUUUGGUGAUGCUUUCGCCGCUCGCCAUCAACAAGAAUUCGGAUUCACACAGCCUCGGGAGAUCCUGAUUGAUGAUGUUCGCGUGCGGAGUAUUGGAAAGGGUAUGGAUGUCGCCCUUUCUAGCGCUUCCGCGGAAAUGAAGAAACUGGCAGACUCGCCCCCUGCUACCCCGGUUGCUCCCGAGAAGAAUGUCAAUGUCUAUUUCGAGCAAACCGGCUGGAUUGAUAUCGGGCUUUAUUCACUCAAGGAUCUAUCCGUUGGUACUCGUAUCAGCGGACCCGCGAUGGUCAUCGACAAAACUCAAACAAUCGUUGUGGAUCCUGCUAGUGAAGCUGUGAUCUUACCAGAACAUGUGGUGAUUGAGAUCUCUGGAAUAGAAAAGCCGGAGAUCAACAUCGCCGAUGCGGUGGAUCCUGUCCAGCUCAGCGUGUUCGGACAUCGAUUCAUGAGUGUUGCCGAGCAAAUGGGCCAGACCAUGCAGAAAACCUCAAUUUCGGUGAACAUCAAGGAGCGAUUAGACUAUUCGUGUGCCGUCUUCUCUGGCGAUGGCAGUCUCGUCGCAAAUGCCCCUCACAUUCCCGGGCACCUAGGCUCUAUGAGCUAUGCCAUCGCAUACCAAGCGCGCCGAUACGGACCCGGAGAGUUGAAACCCGGCGACGUUAUUCUCAGUAACCACCCUAGCGCUGGUGGUACACAUCUGCCAGACCUGACAGUCACUACACCCGUCUUUGAUGAUGAGAAAAACCCGACAAAAAUUUUAUUUUUCGUCGCCAACAGAGGCCACCAUGCAGAUAUUGGCGGCAUUCAGCCGGGUUCUAUGCCCCCAAAUUCAACAGAGCUUUGGCAGGAAGGUGCGGCAGUGGAGUCUUUCAAGAUUGUGAAAGAAGGAGUCUUUGACGAGCCCGGCCUUCUCGAGGUCCUGGUUGAUAUCCCAGCUUCAUAUCCGGGUUCGAGUGGCACUCGCACACUGCGCGACAAUAUUGCCGAUCUUAAAGCCGCGAUCGCAUCAAACAAUAAGGGCAUUCAUUUGAUUCGGUCCUUGAUCAAGGAAUACACUUGGCCAGUAGUUCAGUACUAUAUGGAAGCAAUCCAGGAGAAUGCCAGCCAGUCUACGCGUGGGUUGCUCAAGAUCAUCGCGCAGCGGUUUGAAGGACAACCUCUGGAAGCUAUUGAUUACAUCGAUGAUGGGACGCCUCUUGCAUUAAAGAUCACGAUCGACCAAGAUACGGGCGAUGCAGUAUUCGACUUCACAGGCACUGGGCCUGAGCAUUUCGGAAAUUUGAACUGUCCACCAGCAAUCAUGUAUUCUGGGAUCAUGUACUGUCUUCGAUCAAUGAUCUCAUCAGAUAUUCCUCUCAACCAAGGCUGUCUGAAGCCUAUUAAGCUCGUAUGCCCACCCAACACACUCCUAUCGCCUUCGCUCAAAGCAGCGACCGUGGGAUCGAAUGUGGAAACAUCACAACGCAUUGUCGAUUUGAUCUUCAAAGCCUUCCGUGCAGCUGCCGCGUCCCAAGGAACAUGCAACAAUCUCACAUUUGGCUACGGUGGCACAAAUCCAGUCACAGGAGAAGUAGUCAAAGGGUUCGGAUACUACGAGACCAUCGCUGGUGGAUCCGGCGCGGGUGCGGACUGGGAUGGUGAAAGUGGCGUGCACACACAUAUCACCAAUACCCGAAUUUCUGAUCCUGAGAUCUUUGAACGGCGCUACCCGGUCAUUCUCCACGAGUUUUCUAUCCGCAAAGGAAGUGGCGGUGCCGGCCGGCAUCGUGGUGGCGAUGGUUGUAUCCGCGACAUCGAGUUCCGAUUACCUAUGCAGGUCUCCAUUCUAUCUGAGAGACGUGUUAUCCCUCCAUAUGGCAUGGCAGGGGGCGACGAAGGCCAGCGUGGAGUGAACCUAUGGUUGAGAAAGUAUCCUGAUGGAACGAGCAGAACAAUCAGCUUGGGUGGCAAGGCAACGACACACAUGAAUACUGGCGAUCAUAUCAUCGUUCAUACACCUGGAGGUGGUGGCUAUGGAAGAGAUCCAAACAAAAAAGAUGAGGUGUUCAUGGAUAUUUUCAGGAUUCAUGAGAAGUUUUCCCCUGGAUCGUCAUUGCUACGCACGCAGGGUAGUUUGGCUGAGAGGAAUGCGACGGCCGUGGGCAACUGA